AUGUCCAAGGCUGAUAAAAGAGAUAAGUUUUUGAGCGUUUUUCCCAAACUCGUGGAUGAAUUGAAGUCCAUCUUGUCUGGCUACGGUAUGACCGAGGAUGCUAUUCAAUGGUACGAAAACUCGCUCAAUUACAAUACACCAGGAGGGAAGCUGAAUCGUGGAUUGUCAGUGGUUGACACGUAUGCCAUCUUGAAGGGUAAGGACUCUUACGCUGAGCUUUCCGAAGAAGAAUAUUUCAAACUGGCCAUGCUAGGAUGGUGCAUUGAGCUUCUACAGGCCUAUUUCUUGGUGGCUGACGAUAUGAUGGACAAAUCUAUCACCAGAAGGGGCCAGCCAUGCUGGUACCGUGUUGCAGAAGUGGGCGAAAUUGCCAUCAACGACGCGUUCAUGUUGGAGGGUGCCAUUUACUGCUUGUUGAAGAACCACUUCAAGCAAGAGAAGUACUACGUGGACCUGUUGGAGCUUUUCCAUGACGUGACAUUCCAAACUGAAUUGGGUCAGCUGUUGGACUUGAUCACUGCACCUGAGGAACGCGUCGACCUCAGCAAGUUCUCCCUUGAAAGACACUCCUUCAUCGUGCGUUUCAAGACAGCCUAUUAUUCGUUCUAUCUGCCAGUUGCCUUAGCGAUGUACGCCGCCGGUAUUAAUGACGAGCGUGACUUGAAGCAGGCCCGUGACGUAUUGAUUCCUUUGGGUGAAUACUUUCAGAUUCAAGACGACUUCUUGGACUGCUUCGGCAAGCCCGAAGAUAUCGGCAAGAUCGGAACUGACAUCCAGGAUAAUAAAUGCUCCUGGGUUGUGAACACUGCUCUUAAAUUGUGCAGUACAGAACAGAGACAAGUCUUGGACACAAAUUACGGGAAAAAGGACUCCGAGUGCGAAGCUAAAUGCAAGCAAGUGUUCAGCGAAUUGAAAAUCGAUGCUAUUUACCACGACUACGAGGAGAAAACUGCUCACGACUUAAGAAACUUGAUUCAAAGCACCGACGAGUCCCGUGGGUUCAAGGGCCAAGUUUUGUCCGCUUUCCUUGACAAGGUGUACAAGAGACAGAAGUAA